AUGACGAAGACAAUUAUGUUCUCUCUCCUCCUCUUUGCUUUUUUUAUCCUCACACCACCGGUCACGGCGGAGAUUAAAACCUUGAAGAUCAAAGACGACAACCGUCCCAUGAUCUUAUUUGAGAAAUUUGGAUUCACACACAACGGAUUUGCUUCCGUCGCUGUCUCCUCCGUCUCCGUUACGUCCGGCCUCUCGCAACCUGAUCCAUCACUCCUCGGAUUCUUCCUUAUCGCUGAAGGUUCCAGAAAUCAAGUUCUUAUGGAACUCGAACGAAAGCCUGAAACCUGCGUAGUCGAUUCCAAAUUCAUAUCCCUUCUAUUCACCUUCCAAGAUCUCUCCCCUCCCCCUCAUUCAUCGCUCAAUAAAUCGUUUCCCGUUAACUACCCCGAUGAGUAUUACCUCUUCUUCGCCAAUUGCAAUCGUGAAUCGCUUGUAUCGAUGGACAUCCGCACGGAGCUUUACAAUAGCGAAGACGGAACCCACAAGGAUUACUUAUCCGCCGGGAAAACUCAACUGCCGUCGCUUUACUUCAUUUUCUCCAUCAUUUACAUGUGUUUCGUAGGGCUGUGGACGGUCGAAUGCAUGAAAAACAAAGGAUCCGUUCACCGGAUCCAUUUACUCAUGGGCAUGUUGCUGGUGGUGAAGGCACUCAACUUGAUUUGUGCGGCGGAGAACAAACAUUACGUGAAGGUUACAGGUACACCUCAUGGAUGGGAUGUGCUGUUUUACACGUUUCAGUUCUUAAGGGCGGUGCUUCUGUUCACCGUGAUAGUGUUGAUCGGCACCGGAUGGUCGUUUCUGAAACCAUUUUUGCAAGAAAAAGAGAAGAAGGUUUUGAUGAUUGUGAUUCCACUUCAGGUUUUGGCAAAUAUAGCUGCUAUAGUGGUAGGGGAAACCGGGCCAUUCAGUAGGAGUUGGGUAACUUGGAACCAAUUGUUCAUGAUAGUAGAUCUUAUCUGUUGUUUCGCCAUUAUUUUCCCCAUUGUGUGGUCGAUUCAAUCACUGCGGGAGACCUCGAAGACAGAUGGGAAGGCUGCUAGGAAUUUGGCAAAGUUGUACCUGUUUCGAAAAUUCUACAUGGUGGUUAUCGGAUACUUGUAUUUCACAAGAAUCAUAGUAUUUUCACUGGAAACGAUCUCUUCGUAUAAGUUCCAGUGGGUGUCAAAUGGGGCACAGGAAGUAGGCAGUCUUGUGUUCUAUAUGAUGAUGUUUUACAUGUUCAGACCAGUGGAGAAGAAUGAAUACUUUCUUAUUGAUGACGAGGAAGAAAAGGCAGCAGAGAGGACCCUGCAGGAGGAGGAGUUCGAGCUUUGA